GUUGUGAGUUGUCCUAGUGUAGGUGACUGUUGAAGUGAAAUCUUGAGAAGGAAUGUGAAACACUGUUUUGAUGGCUCCUAAUCAGGUUGUAGUGACUGUUGAAAAUUGUUCUAAAUGUAACUGUAAACGACUCCACUCCCAAUAUCGCCUUGGUUGAAACCUUUCACCUACCUGACAAGGAACCGGAAGUAUAAAAAUCCUAAACAAAAUCUAAACAAAGCGAAGCUUGAGGCGGGAAGUAAGAGCUUCAUCAUGGCCGCGGACGAUGAAAUGUAUUUAGAGAAUCUAAAAGAAUUCGUUUUUGAUGAAGAUAAAAUUGUAACGUACAAGUGGUUAAGCUGGACAUUAUCUGUAAAUGUAAAUGUAGCCAAGGAAAUGUUAUAUGCUUUUAUACAACAACAAUCAAAAGAAGAAGACAAAGAAUCUAGUAUUUGUGCAGUUUAUGCUGUUGGAGGCUUAAUCAAAGAUGAUAAAGAUUGCUUGAUUCAAAAGUAUUUGCUAUGUCAUGACAUUGAUAUAAAAGAUAUUAAACAAUGUUUUCAUGAAAUCACCUGUUUUCAUGUAUACAGUGUGCAAAAAUCCAAACCAAAGGAUUCAAAUUUGCUCUAUAUGGCAGAUUAUGACUUGCGAAAGCAGAACAUGGAUUUACCCAGUAGAUGGAGUUGUAUAAAGUUAAAAUCAGAUGUGAAAAAAUCAAUCAGAAAUGUGGAAGAAUCGGUAGACGGAAGCACAAAUUGUCAUUCAAUGAAAUCAUUGGAUUGUGCAAAACAAGUUCAAUCAAAAACAAAUGACAAACAACCAUCCUAUGCUUAUGAAAAAGGUGAAAAAAGCAGUUCCACAUCGUCAAGACUUUCUACUGCAGAACUUAAUUCAAAGAAAGGCGACGUUGCCUCUUUUUUUGCUCGACAAAUGGCAAAUCAAAAUAAAGAAAGUAAUAAAGCAAUGGUAAGUAAAUAUGAGAAAAAAGAUGAGAACAAGACGAAGAUAACAUCAAAUAGUAAAGCGAAGGAUAGAUCUGUUAUUUCUACUGAAUUGAAAAAUAAAAAUCUCUCGAAAGAUUCUGCAAUGGAAAAGAAAGGAAGUGAAACUACGGGAAAUAAGUCAAACAACAAUGAGAAAAAUGAAAAAAAAAUGGAUAGCACAAAUAUUGAUCUUGAUGAUAAAGAUUUUAAAGGAAAAAAGAAAGCCGAACAUGAUAAGAAAUCACAAAAAAUAUCAAAACAACAAAAAAAUGAUGAAGAUGUUGAAGACAAACGCAGGAAAAAGAAAACAAAAGAAAACAAUGAAAAAACUUAUGUGCAAAAGAGGAAGAGAGUUAAAAAUUUUUCAGACACAAGCAGUGAUGAAGAUAACGAGGAGUAUAUGAAGGAAAAUAGUUGUGAAAUUACACCAGACAUAGCUAAUCCAAAUAAUGGUAGUGAUGUCCACCAAACUACCGCUAUAAAAAUACGCAGAAGGAAGAGAGUGCUCAAGUCUAAGAUGCACAUAAACGACGAGGGAUAUAUGGUAACUGAGAAAGUAUAUGAGAGUGAAACAGCCAGCAGUGAAGAAGAGCCAAUAAAGGCCAGUACUAACAUAAAAAACAAAGAUUCAAUUAAAAAAGAAUCUAUACAACCUCCAAAGAAAAAACCUGUAAACAAAUCAACACAAUCGUCACUUACGAGUUUCUUUAAAAGAGUUUAAUUGCACAAAAUCAUAAACAAGGUAAAUUCAACAUUUCUUGAGAUAAAAGACUAUGUACAUAAUAAAUAAACCAACGCAAUAAAUGGUAUCUAAUCCAACGAUCACA